CCAGCGGAGGCCGCCGGGGCUGUGAUUGAGGGAGGCAUGGCUUCCGAUGCCGCCAGGGUCGAUGGCCGCAGCAAGGGUCGGCCCCGUCGCCCAUCCGGCCCUGGCCCAGCACUUUCGAUCCAUCGACCCAUCGUCGGUCCCAUCGUCGGCCCAUCCAGCAUCUUCUUGGCACAUUCCUGUUCAGUUAUCUACCCUCAACCUAGCCAUCGAGAGUCGCACCCUCCUCAGCUCCACAUCAAGCCCUUCCCUCAUCAAUCUGUUAGCUUCACCACCGUCCCUCUGCAUUGAGCCACAAUGACUACCCCGAACAACAUCCCACCUCCCGACAUCAAUUACUAUGCCUUCGAUACAUACCAGGCCUCCGCUCAGUUUCUGAGGAACCGCCUUCCACCCGAGUUGCAAGCCAUCCAAAUCGGCAUUAUCUGCGGCAGCGGUCUCGGUGGACUGGCCAAGACCCUGGAGGAGCCUAUUUGCGAAGUUGAAUACAAGGACAUUCCCAACUUUGCCGUCAGCACUGUCCCGGGCCAUGUCGGCAAACUGGUCUUUGGAAUGCUCGCUGGUCGCGCGACCGUCUGCAUGGUCGGCAGGAAGCACAUGUACGAAGGCCAUUCCCUGCUGAGAACUGUCUUUCCGGUCCGAGUUAUGAGACUGCUGGGUGCCCAUACCCUCCUCGUCACCAACGCUGCCGGCGGCCUCAACCCGGACUUCAACGUCGGCGAUAUCAUGAUCAUCAAGGACCACCUCUCCAUUGCCGGCUUUGGUGGCUGCAACCCACUGAUCGGAGCCAACGUCGAUGAUUUUGGCCCACGAUUCCCGGCCGUAUCGAAUGCCUAUGACUUUGACCUGCGGGUCACUGCCUUCUCCUGUGCCACGGCCUGCGGCCUGGGCCCGUUUAUGCGCGAAGGGAUUUACGCCUUUGUGCCCGGACCCAGCUUCGAGACCCGGGCCGAGGCCCGCUACAUUCGAAAUGCCGGUGCCGACUCUGUGGGGAUGUCUACUGUCCCUGAAGUCAUCAUCGCCCGCCAUUGCGGCAUGCGUGUCCUUGGUGUUUCGCUCAUAACUAAUAUCGUACCUCAAGGACACGGCCGCUCGGCCAUGCAGGCCGCAGCCGAGCUCGAGCCGCCAACUGCGUCGUCUCCCGGAUCGGUGUCGUCAGGUCCCGAUGUUGCCGCCGUGAUGAAGUCCAUGGUCAAGAACGUUGUCGAGGCCGUUUCCAAGAUCACCGAGUAUCCUCACAAGAACGACGAGAAGGUUCUGGCGAACCACGAGGAGGUGCUCGAGACAAGUAACAAGCGCUCGCAGGCUAUGCAAGAGCUCGUCCGAUUGAUUGUUGGAAAGAUCCCGGAGCCAUCCAAGCAGUAGGACUUGUCUCCGAUGCCUGAGAUGUUUCCACAUCUAAACGUUUGAGUUGUGGUGGUGGUGACAGGGUCUGGGGAAGCUGGACAGUAGCCCGCUCACAGCACGAAUCACUCCAAAAGCACCAUCUUUUCGUCAUUAGAAUACACAGUGGUCGAUGCAAUUG